AUGGACGACCUCAUCCAGGGCGUCGUCGUCACCGUCAAAGCGCUCAUCCUCGUCGUCGUCUCAAUUGUGAAGAGCUGCCUUCCCAACGGUGUGCUUCCGCGAAAAUCCGUUCGAGGUCAAAAUGUUCUCAUCACAGGCUCUGGAAGCGGUCUGGGUCGUCUCAUGGCCUACGAGGGACGCAAUCAAUCAAAAAUGUGUAAACAAAAAAUCAAUAUAGGCAAUUUUCAGUUCGGCAAUCUCGGCGCCAAUCUCAUUUUGUGGGACAUCAACGAGAAUGGCAACCAAGAGACAUUGGAGCAUUUAAAGGCGCACGGGGUUGAGGUAAGCGUCGUCGCGGGACCUACAAUCGACAAGAAUUUGUUAGUUGAACAUUUUUUUGUCGUUUAA